AUGCAAUGGUCUCAUUACCUGAAAGGUAGACACUGCAUUCAACAUACAGAUCAUGGAUCAUUGAAAUAUUUACACUUAAAGAAAAAUAGCAGUCUAAAAGUCGGCCGUUGGUUAGAUGUUAUUGCUACAUUUGACUUUGAGAUCGUUUAUAUUAAGGGUGAACGAAAUAAAGCGGAUGGCUUUAGUCGUCGGUCUGAUUUGAAAGAAAUCAAAGACACAAAAAUUAUAACACCACAGAAUUCCCCAUCCUACCCUUCUUCCCAGAAUUCUGAACCAAAUCCAACAUAUAUUCCGGAUGAUUUUGGUUAUGAUACAUAUUUAUAUGAAUUGAGUAUUCCUAAUCAGGUCACUUUACUAACCAAAUUCAGACCUGAAUAUAUUGAAGAAUUAAAGACUGGGUACCAACAGGGCGUAUAUUUCAAAGUAAAUUAUAAUUGCUUAGUUAAUAAAAGCUCGGUACCAUACAAAUUGGAUACUAUUAUCAAAAGAUACAAAAUAACUGACCUUGUUGGAAGAAUAAACUACCACUGA